UCUGAUUAUCUAAAUCCUUUAUUCAAAUUCUAAUUAUAAAUUAAUAAAAAAAUUAAUUUUUGUUACAAAGCAAAAGAAUACUUUUUAAGUAAUCCUAGAAUAGCUAUUAAAAUGGAUAACAUAAACGGUGCAGGCAACCAAAAUAACGGAAGAUUUGACUUAUCUGGUAAUAACCCAUAAAAUGUCAACUAUCCUGCUCCUCCUCCUCCACCUCAAUAAUAAUAUAGUUACAAUUACGCAAACAAUCAAAUGGAUAACUAAAGAUUUAAUAUGAAUCAACCUUUAAUGAACAACAACAUGAAUCCUGAAAACCCUUAAUAACAGUAAAAUAGAUUUGACAUGUCUGGAUAGCCUCCCCCUCCUCAAAUGUACCCUCCUGCCAUGAAUUACGCUCCAUAAAUUUAAAAUGAAUAGCAUAAGGAGUACGUUAAACCAGAAAUGAAUUACAAUAACAAUCAAGGAAUGGAAAAAGGAAAUUAUUAAAGUGAACAUGCAGUUGGUUCUGGUAAUCCUAUUGGAGGAGCAGUUAACAUUAAUGUUGCUCUCCCUAGCAUGGAUAACUAAGCAAUGUAUAUGCAGCCACCAAACCAAUACCCUUAAGACAUGAAUAAUUAUUAAAAUAACUAAUUUUAAGGGCAAAAUAUAAAUUUGCCUUAAGCUUAAAAUUAUAUUCCUGGUCAGCAAGUUAAUCCUCCUUAUAAUCCUAGCAAUCCUUAACUUCAUGCUGAGUAAAUUAAAAUGAACCCUUAAGGUUAGUAUAUUCCUCCAUCAUAUCCAGUUGGGGCCCCAAUAGGGCCAAAUAUGGGUAAUCCUAACUUACCUCAAGGUUAACCAAUUAUGAUACAGCCCUUAUCUAAUGGUCAACCAUAGUAAAUUUAUGCAGCUUAAAGAUAAGUAAAUGCUAAUGUUUUCCCUACAAACUUAGAUCACUGUCAGUAUCCUUAGCAAAUGAAAUGCCCUGCUUGCCAAAGAGUGGGCACAAGCUAAGUUGUUGCCCAAACUGGAAGUGGAACAUAUACUUGCUGUCUGUUAGCUUGUUGUUGUAUUGGUAUUUGCGCUUUACCUAUUUUAUGUAUUGAUAACUUUUAAGAUAAAUAACAUUUCUGUCCCUUCUGUGGAUAUUAAGUUGGCUAUUACAAAUAUGAACCUUGUUGA